AUGAGCCACCAUAACCCAUUUGUAAAGAAAGUCUUGGCACUUUUCAAAAAGACUCACGAGGAAGAGAAACCUCAAUAUCCUCCUGCACUCUCUGCUAAAUACAAUAUUGGAGAAAAGACCUUGGGUGUGGGCUCCUUUGCUGUUGUCAAGGAGUGUACAGAACUCGCUACAGGUGAUAAAUGUGCAGUCAAAAUUAUUCUCAAGAAAGUCAUUGCCGGAAAGCGACAAAUGUUGGACAGUGAGUUAGAUAUUUUGACAAAGGUGCGUCAUAACCAUAUUGUGUCUUUGCAUGAUAUCUAUGAAUCCGAUGAUGCUGUCUAUAUCGUCACGGAUCUCUGCACAGGCGGUGAACUCUUUCAACGAAUUGUUGAAAGAGGUACUUAUACCGAAGCCAUUGCUGCAGAUCUUGUUCGUCAAAUGUUGGAAGGCUUAUCUUACCUGCACUCUGAAGGCAUCGUUCACCGAGAUAUAAAGCCCGAAAACUUACUCUUCAAAACACCUGAAGAGGAUGCUGAAUUGUUAAUCACGGAUUUCGGUCUCUCUAAACUCUUGAAGAAUAACAAUGAAGUCUUGACAACGGCUUGCGGUACACCUGGUUAUGUUGCCCCUGAAGUUCUUUUAGGCUCCGGUCACGGAAAGCCCGUGGAUAUCUGGAGUGUCGGUGUUAUCAUGUAUACUCUCUUGAGUGGCUAUACUCCAUUUUACGGUGAGGAUCAAAACGAAUUAUUCAACUGUAUCAUGAAGGGUCAAUAUGAAUUCGAUGAUGAAUAUUGGUCGGAUAUUUCCGAAGGAGCCAAGAAUUUGAUUAACCGUUUAUUGACAUUUGAUCCUAAACAACGUGUGACUGCAGAAGAAGCCUUGACUGAUCCUUGGAUUGUAAGUGAAGCCGAUAGUAGCAUUGAUUUGGCUCCCAAUGUACGCAAGGGUUUCAACAGUCGUCGUACGCUUAAAUCCAUUGUCACGGCUGUAGCUGCUAUUAAUCGAUUAAAGAUCAAUGAUCAUCAUGACGAUAUUAACGAGGAGUCCGAUUAAAAAAAAAGAAGGAUUGUAUUUCAAAAAGUCAUACCCCCCCCCUAUUAAAGAUAGAAAGAUUUUUUAUUUAACUUAUAAUUUGGCUUGGUUGGCUUCGGGUUUAUACAACGUAACAUAACCAUUUGUAAGGACAAGUACAUUUCGUUCCUUCACAUGAGCUUGAAAGACCACAGCAUCCAGUUUAGGAUCUUGACUGGGUACUUUCCACAUGGACACUUGUACAGUCUCACCAGGAAAAACGGGUUGUGCAAAUCGUGCUUCAAUGGAUUUAAACAAGAGUCGAUCAUUAUUGCCAAAGUGUUUGAGUACAGCAUGAGCACAUUUACCAUAGGAACAUAAUCCGUGUAAAAUAGGUCGAGGGAACCCAACUGUAGGAGCUAAAGCCACAUCCGCAUGCAAAGGAUUAAAAUCUCUAUAUAUACAUUU